AUGGAAGGCCAUAUGAGCAAGAAGAGCCCUGAAACAUCUUCUGCUAUCAAUCUCGGUACCAAUUUACAAGACAUAACUGAUCAAUUGAGCUCAGGUGAGGCAGCUUUCAAGGUUGAUUCAGGCUUGCAUUCCUUUGAUACCAAUCAAGUCAUCAUAGCUACUGCAGGAGGUUGA